CGGUAAAACUCGAGAAAAACACAGCAGUAAAGUUCGCGUGACCAAUUUUAUAAGUAUUACAUAAUUCUCUUGUCGUCUUCUUCACUUUACUCUCUCUCUAACAAAAAUGGCCGAUGAAACUCCAUCCUCACUCCAACCCCCAGCACCGGCCUCGCAAGAUUCCCAACCACCAACAAUGCCAACGGUGACUAAAUCUGACUCACCGUCAAUUACGCAGAAGGAUGAGAUACCAGCACCACCGCCAGAAACACCAGAUGCUCAGGACUCUGAUUCCAAAGUGACUGAAGAGUCGUCUCCGGCACCAGCAGCUACGGCGGAGUCUAGAUCAUUGGCGUCUAUGAUGCAGAGAGAUGGCUCUGCUUCGCCGCCGCUGACGACGACAGAAGCGGAGGAGUCUGAGGUGGCGGAGAAGUCUUCUACUAGCAAGGAAGAGGUGGUUGUGGCGGAGGUUGUGAAGGAUAAAGAAGAAGAGAAACAGAUUCAGGAGAAAAAAAUUCCUCAAACUCUGAUUUCAUUCAAGGAGGAGAGCAACAAAGUUUCUGAUCUCUUGGAUGUCGAGAGGAACGCCUUGCUAGAGCUGAAGCAGCUCGUACAAGACGCUCUCAACGCUCACCAAUUCACUUCACCGCCGCCGCCGCCACCACCACCUGAGCAACAAGAGAAACAAGAAGUCCAAACAACACAAGAAAACCCAGAAGUUGAAGCAGAAUCUGACGUCAGCACCGAAUUGACUCCACCAGCACCCAAAGAAGAAGAAGAAUCAAAAGCACAGGAACAAGAAAUUCCAAAAAAGGAAACCCUAGAAGAAGCGCCAAAAGUGACAAUUCCAGCAGAGGAGGUUUCAAUUUGGGGAAUUCCUCUCCUUAAGGAUGAUAGAAGUGAUGUGAUUCUGUUGAAAUUCCUGAGGGCUAGGGAUUUCAAGGUGAGGGAUGCGUUUGUGAUGCUAAAGAACACUAUCAAAUGGAGGAAGGAGUUUGAUAUUGAUACCCUUCUGGAUGAAGAUCUGGGUGAUGAUUUGGAUAAAGUCGUGUUCAUGCAUGAGCAUGACAGGGAGGGGCAUCCUGUGUGUUACAAUGUGUAUGGAGAGUUCCAAAACAAGGGUUUAUAUCAGAAUACGUUUUCAGAUGAGGAAAAACGGAACAAGUUUCUGCGGUGGCGAAUUCAGUUCUUGGAGAGGAGUAUAAGGAAGCUUGAUUUUAGGCCUGGAGGAAUCAAUACCAUUUUUCAGGUUAAUGAUCUCAAGAAUUCUCCCGGGCCGGGAAAGCGCGAGCUGCGAAUUGCUACUAAGCAAGCUCUCCAGUUACUCCAAGACAAUUACCCUGAAUUUGUUGCCAAACAGGUGUUUGUUAAUGUUCCUUGGUGGUACAUUGCUUUCUAUACAAUGAUAAGCCCCUUCAUGACCCAGAGAACCAAAAGCAAGUUUGUUUUUGCAGGCCCUGCAAAAUCCGCUGAGACCCUUUUCAAAUACAUAUCACCAGAGCAAGUGCCUAUUCAAUAUGGCGGCCUCAGCGUCGAUUACUGUGAUUGCAACCCAGAAUUCACCGUUGCCGAUGCUGCAACGGAAAUUACUCUAAAACCAGCAACCAAGCAUACUGUAGAGAUUGUAAUCUAUGAGAAAUGUGUCAUUGUUUGGGAGCUUCGUGUCAUUGGGUGGGAGGUGAGCUAUGGAGCUGAAUUUGCCCCUGAUGCUAAAGAUCAAUAUACAGUUGUAAUUCGGAAACGUACAAAAAUGGCCCCAACACAUGAACCAGUGGUGAAUAGCUGCUUCAAAGUUGACGAACUUGGUAAACUAUUGCUCACAAUUGAUAACCCAACCACCAAAAAGAAGAAGCUUAUUUACAGGUUCAACGUCAAACCCUAUUUUGAAUGAGGAUCUCCAUCACAGUAAGGGCUCAAGUUUCCAACAAUCAAAUAUAUGAGUUAAUUAAAUUAUCUGUUUCUUCUUUGGGUGAGCCAUUGUGGAUUUUGUUUUGGUUUUUUCUUUGCUUUUGAGGCUGUAUGGGGCAUGUCCUGUGGAGAGUGGCACAUGGGUUUCAAUGAUUUGAGCAAAUAAACAGAUUUGAGGGAUGAUUGGAGAUAAAAUAUGGUAGUAGAAGUUAAUGGUCUGUUGCACAUUAUAGUAACUCUGUUUUGCUCUGUAGUCUGUAUACUGUUCUUUAUAUGGAUGUGUUUAAUAUUAUUAGCAAGUUUGCUGCCUCCUACUUU